AUGCGUUUCUCCGACCGAUUUCCCCUCCUCGCAUCUGCUCUCCUCACAAUACCCUCUCUAUCAUCCGCAUUUUAUCUUCCUGGCGUGGCUCCCACCUCCUAUGAUAAGGAUCAAUCUGUGCCAGUCUUUGUCAACAGUUUGACUCCCGGACUAUCGCGCGACGACCAACUUCAUUCCGUUUUCUCAUUCGAAUAUUACCAUACAGCAUUUCAUUUCUGUCGCCCCCAGGAUGGAUAUAAGGACGUGAGAGAAUCGCUCGGAAGCAUUCUCUUUGGAGACCGUAUCUAUACCUCUCCGCUCGAGGUCCAUAUGGCCAAGAAUGAGACGUGUCGAGCCAUGUGCGAGCAAGUGACAUUCGAGGAGCGAGAUGCCAAGUUUACCAACCGUCGUAUCUCUCAGGGAUACAACAUCAAUUGGCUUAUUGACGGACUGCCAGCGGCCCAGCUGAACCUGGAUGCCAACACCGGCACGGAAUUCUACAACCCGGGAUUCGCCCUAGGAAGUUUGGACGAAAAUGGACUCGCUUUGCUCAACAACCACUUCGACAUUAUCAUCGAUUAUCACCGCGUCGGUUUCGGCGGUAAGGACAAAUACCGCAUCGUCGGAGUGCUCGUCCAGCCCGAUAGCCGCAAAGAUACUCAUGCCGGGGCUGUCGAAGGAGAAGACGCGAACUGUGGCACUCGUGGGGAGACUUUGACUCUUAGCGAGGAUGGGGAUACUACCGUCACUUGGACCUACAGCGUGACUUGGAGGGAAUCGGGAACCGCCUGGGCCACUCGUUGGGACAAGUACCUGCAUGUCUACGACCCGAAGAUUCACUGGUUCUCGCUGAUCAACUCUGCCGUCUUUGUCGUCUUCCUCGUUGGAAUGGUCAGCAUGAUUCUGGUUCGUGCUCUCAAGAAGGAUAUUGCACGCUACAAUCGACUCGAGUACAGCCUAGACGAUCUUGAUGGCACCUCAGCCGCGGUCGAGGACGGUAUUCAGGAAGACUCUGGAUGGAAGCUGGUCCAUGGCGAUGUAUUCCGUUGCCCCCGGUCUCCUCUGCUGCUGAGUGUGCUUCUGGGCAAUGGUGCUCAACUCUUCAUGAUGACUGGUGUGACUGUUGCAACCGCUAUUCUCUUGAUCUCCGCCGUCUUUGGCGUCAUCGGUGGAUAUGUCUCAUCGCGCGUGUACAAGGCUUUUGGCGGCGAGGCAUGGAAGCGCAACAUCGUCAUGACUCCGCUGCUGAUUCCAGGAUUCAUCUUCGGCGUGUUCUUCCUUCUGAAUCUGUUUGUUUGGGCUAAGGGCUCUAGUGGAGCCGUUCCCUUCGGCACGAUGCUUGCGCUACUUUUCAUUUGGUUCGUCAUCAGCGUCCCGCUGAGUGUAGUUGGUAGUUGGAUUGGAUUCCGUCAAGCACCCCUUGAAGGCCCAACCAAAACCAACCAAAUCCCGCGUCAGGUCCCCUUGAUGUCGGGAAGUCUCCGCACGAUCCCUUCUAUUUUCUUAACCGGGAUUCUUCCCUUUGGCGCCAUCUUUGUUGAGCUGUAUUUCAUCAUGACAUCGCUCUGGACGAAUAAGAUAUACUACAUGUUCGGGUUCCUGUUCCUGUGUUACGGGCUGAUGAUCAUCACCUCGGCGGCCACGACGAUUCUACUGGUGUACUUCCUGCUCUGCGCGGAGAACUACCGGUGGCACUGGCGCGCGUUUGCCGGGGCUGGUAUGACGGGAGGAUAUGUUUUCCUGAACGCGCUUAUCUUCUGGGCGACGCGGGUGAGCUUUGGUGGACUGACAGGUGCGGUGCUCUACGUGGGCUACUCGGCGCUGAUCGGAUUUGUCGUUUUCAUUCUCACUGGCUCGAUUGGUUUCUUUGCCAGCUGGGCAUUCAUCCACCGUAUCUACGGAUCGAUCAAGGUGGAUUAG